AUAGAUUCCUCCCGCGAACAGGCGCUCUUCGUGCGCACUGUCUCGUCAGGUUUAGGUUGCAAGAUGUCUGAUGCGAUUUCGCAGCUCAGAGUCACACUGAGCGCUUUAGCUGGGUAAUUCUGACGGACUGUACACACUUUCGCUCGGCAAUUUCGUAUUUCGGCAAGCAGAGAAGCGUUGAAUUAUCAUUUGGAAAACAGGUUCCACAGUGUUCAGCACAAAAGAAUAUGUCCGAAACCGAACCUAUAUCAGACUGCGAUGUUGAUGAUCCUAAACGAAUCACAGAUGCUAUUUCAUGCUUGGAUUACUUGAAAAGAAGGGAAGUGUUUCUGUACAAAAUGAUGAACGACCCGAGCCACAAGGCAAUGUUGUACUUUCUGGAAGUGCUUAUGAAUUCUGACGCCCCAGUUACGUUGGAACAAUUAGCUGCACGAUUUGCACACAAAUCUUUCAGUCAGGAUAUGAAAGAAGCUUGCGGCGGCGGGAGCGUUGACGGAUUACGCGAGUUUCUGCUACGCUACCCUUCGUUGUUCAAUGUCUGUGCAAACGGUCAAGUGAGUGCUGUGGCCAUCGAUCUACCCGGCGUGGAUUGGUCUGCGGGUGGAGGUAUGUCAGACUUGGAGAGUUGCGCUAUGCACACGGACACCUGUUCAUCAAUUCGCAAUGAAAGCACCCAUUCAGCAGGUGAAGAGUACGUCAGUGGUAGUCUUCCAAACCCUAUUGCUAAGGUUACAGGAGUUCAAGGAAAAGGACGAUUGCGCGUGGGAGGAAGAAGCAGCGAAACCGUGGAAAAAAGUAAAAUUCACAGCUCCAGUUCCCUUUCCCUUGCUUCGACACCUUCAGCCACAUCCAGCCUAAAUGGUAAACCCGCGGUGAGCACAAAUUCGGAAAUUCACGAUCACUAUGGUGCAAAAUCAUCCACAUUCCAUUUGGUGCGCCGGAGAUCCAAUCCGUCCUCUUUUCCGUCCACUCAGUCUGGGAUAUAUAAACCACCCCAUCUACGUACGCAGACUCGAAUUGGCUGCGGAUUUUGCACACAGAAAACAGUGUGCUGCAACCAGGUAGCAGCCAAUCCUCUUGCCUCUGUCCCUAAUACCACAUGUGUUCACUGUCCCCUGAUAGAUUUGAGUUGUCAUCACCUUUGCCGCGUAGCGCAUCAUCAUCACCACGCGACCGCGCACUGCUUUUGCGACAGUGCACAGAUAUCUGCAUCUCCCUUGUGUCACUGCUGCCAUCCCGGAGUUGGGCACACAGCAGGUAUUAAACCAUCUGGUACACGGGUUUGCGACACAUGUCCAAUACCUACUCUAGAUAGGCUAAUGAUGGAAACCGAAGCAGUGCGCUUUUUUCAACAAAAACUGCUCAAGAGGGAUGAACGAUGGGUUCAAAUCAAAAGCUUGGCGGGUAACCUUUCACAAGCAACACCAGAAAUCCGUGCUGUUGUUGGACCACAGCUAGAAUUUCGAAACUUUUUGCUGAAACAUCCACAGGUGUUCGAAGUUCAAGGAGAGUUGGUGAGUGUGAGGGAUCCGCUCCGGAAUAUCCAGCUCCAGCGUAAACCCAGAGACCGAUUUGCAGCACUGCACACAAGUCUGUCAACUACCAAUUUGUCAGCUAGUUACUCCGGAGCCACUCAGUCCUCCACCGCGGCUUUAAGAAACACUGGGGUAGAACGUUCGCCUCGACCGAAAUCUCUCAUACUCUCAGGAACGCAGCAACUUCUUCCAUCACCGUUUACCCCGGUGGGAAGUACACAGAAUAGAAACAGCUCAGAAAUCAGACGUUCGGCACACUUUCUCGAUGACUCCGUUAGUGCCCAAAUUCAACAUUACGGUAGCUUAUGCCAUCCAGGGAGAAAUACUUCAGCACCAAAUACUCCUACCGCUUUCAAUCCAACAGGUUACCCAGACCGGAAAUCUUCGGAUAAAACUGAUAACACAGAACUACAGACAAUAUCAACUUUUGGCGACAGUUGUUCAACCGAUCCUGAGGGAGUAUCCGGUAUUUGCGACUCCAGUAGUAUAAGCAUCACGAUGUCCGCGGAUGAAUAUCGUGCGACCAUGUUUAUACGAAAAGUGCUCGAAAAAUGCGGUGGUGCUCAUUUUCAAAGAGGCUUAAGUCUCUCUGAGCUAAUGCAGAUAAUCUCGACAAAUGCUCAAGAGCCUAUUCAAUCCGCCAUCGGAUGGACAAUUUUGGAGCUAGAGCAGUUUAUUCUAAAACGCUCUAUCUUUUUUGAAAUGUACUCUACGGCAACAGUUGAUGAGGCGCUAAUAACCGCCGGUGAUUUUCGUGCAAGCAGUAACGCAACGGAGCGCAAAAUCGUCUUAGUGAGAAACAAACGACUGAAACGAAUGGUCAAUAUCGUCAUCACGGGCACCAAGUCAUCUGACGUAGACGGAAGAGCCCUGAUUAAUAAAUGUGGCCGUAUUUUUCACAUUGCCAAACUGUGGGGAAUAAUUGACUUGGGGAAACACGAACACGUUUUCUUCGACAAGUCAAUUUUCAAGCAUGUGGAUGACUUGCAGAAAUAUUUCAAAGUUGAUGAGUUACUCUACUUCAACGCAGUUUUGGCGCCUAAAGAGUCGAGAGCUAAGUGGAGAGCAACGCAGGUAUGGAAGGAGUGCGAUCAAGAAGCGUUUGAAAAAUAUGGUGUAAAGGUGAAACCUUCUGCGACUCAACCGCUCCAUAAGUUUGAUCCGCUAAGUGUUAGUCACGACUGGAGUAGGGGGUCACACACAAAGCGGCAGUCAGAUCCUACAAACGAGUUGCAAAAUACAUCUUCCGACAACAUCGAUUUGAUUGAAAAUGACGACACAGAAGCUGAUGAAGAAAUCCACGACAUUGCGGUGGAUACAACAAUGACCCCAGGUCCGCAUUUUGAAGGUGGAAAUUAUGACUUCGCUCUACACGACGAUGAGGAAGUCGAGGACGAUGAUCAGUUAGUCUCAGCAAUUGCUCGUCAAGAAGGCCUGGUGUUAGCAAAUGAUGUCAAAUUUAUAGAGGAUGAUAGCAUUUCAGAUUUAAACGAAAUUAACCAGAACAGGUUGGCUGCUUGGCGAGCACAACAGGCACGUGAACCGCGUUUUACUAGUAGGGGUGUUGAUGACAAGAAGACUCUACCUUUCGGUAAUGGUGUUGUUCCACUCAAAAGUGGUGGGUGCGAGAGGCAAAGUGAUUACGUCAGCUCAUCUACCGAACAUACUUCCCUUGAAGUUACUUCAUCUGGGACUUCCAAUGCCAUAGUCAGUUGCAAGGAAGACGCUUCCCUCUCCUCAAGCGGAUUUGGUGGAAUUUCUAUCGCAGUGCAAACAAUUUCAACAGGGGAUAUAAUGGCCACGCAACUCUACCAUGACCCAGCCAAAGAAGCUUGCCCAUCUGGUUGAAUGGAUACUGUGACGCACUUCGCACACCCUCCCUAUAAUCUCCCAGACUGAAAUACAUUCAUUGAUGUUAUGAUCUUAUUGGCAAACAGCGUUGCAAAUCGAUGCUCAGUCGGAAAAAGUAACAGAAAUGUCCUCUGAUUUUAUCAUUUCUUUAGCAUGAAAAAGAAUCCAAAUAGCCUGAUUUUACACUUUCCCCUGUCUGAUGCUUAUCACCGAAAAAAUAUUAUUUAGUGCUUCAUCCCGUAUAGCAUUGUACUUCUGU